GGGAACGCGGUCCGGGCGACCGUUCAACAUUCAACCAUCGUUACCCGGGUGUACGCGAUACUAGUUUUUUUGCGGUUCUCCGCGCAUCACUGUGUCUGUUUCUCUUCAGGAUCGGUAAAUCCGUCUUAUUGUUUUCCAGAACCGAUACGUACCGUUUGAAAUCAACAACGCCGCCGUACUAGCAUCUGCACGCCACGUAAGCUUUUACAAGCACUCCAAGAGAUACCUACCGCGGCCGCACUCCGCCAUUUCGUACCCGGGACAACGUGAACGCUCGACCGUGACCUUUAGUCGUUAGUUUCAACCACCGCCAUUUGGAUUUGGAAACUGCUAUCAACAACGGGUAGCGCUAUCAGGCGAACCGAGCCGUGCGCAAAGAAAAGUGUAGUAUAGAUAGCGCUCGACGCAAGCAAUUGACUCCAUCGACCGGUCGGUCCUAGACAUAAAGUGAUUCCGGGCAAUGGGUUUGUUUCGCCGUGUUCUGCCGACGUCCGUGUACAUUUCUUCGACCGUUGACCUAUUGAAUCUAGGUGAACGUCUCGUCCAUAAGUUAAUGUUCACGUAGUUGCUCAAAUAAUGAUAAACAUUUCAACAAGUAGCAUUUCAUGUGUAUUUACAUUGGUUGUCACAUUGGCCUUGAGCUGUUGGUCUUUUCAGAGCAAAAGUCUAAGUAACUCAGCUACCAAAAUGUCUGAAGAUUGGAAAAAUGCCACUUCUGUGUACGAUUUCACAGUAAAGAACAUCAAGGGAGAAGACGUGUCUUUGGAAAAAUACAAAGGUUUUGUUUUGAUCAUUGUUAAUGUAGCCUCUAAAUGUGGCUAUACAUCCAAGCAUUACAAAGAGCUGGUUGAGUUAGAUGAGAAGUAUCGCGAAAAAGGAUUAAGAAUUCUCGGUUUCCCAUGCAAUCAAUUUGGGGGCCAGGAACCUGGUGAUUCUGACAGUAUUUGUAGCUUUGCUGAGAAAAAAAAUGUCAAGUUUGACAUGUUUGAAAAAGUUAAUGUCAAUGGUGAUGAUGCACAUCCAUUAUGGAAGUAUUUGAAAUCAAAACAAGGUGGCUUAUUGAUUGAUUCUAUUAAAUGGAAUUUCACCAAAUUUAUUGUUGACAAAAACGGAAUUCCUGUUGAGAGACAUGCUGCUAAUGUCAGCCCACUGGGUUUGGAAAAGAGUUUGGAAAAAUAUUUUUAAUAAUUUUUU